GGUGGGGAUGAGGCGGGGCGCGCGCCUCUUUUACCCUUCUCGCUCAGGCUGCUGCGCAGGCCCAGUGCUCAGGAGGAAAACUGAGGGGCAGGGAGGAAGGGGGAGAGCGGAGUGGGGGUGUCUCGCGGGAGAAGCCUCCGCAGGGAGAAGCCGCCGGCGGUGGGGCGGGACGUGAGGACGCUCCCUGCGGCCUUUGGCAAGACUUCCGCGGGCUCGCGGAAAGAUUCGCUCUUGGGGCCUUGGUAACUCCCGCUUCCGUCCAGGCCAUGUUUAGAGGCGCACGUGGCUCCGUCCCUCUUUACAGAGGGGGUGGGGAGAGGUGGAAAGAUGGAAAGGGAUGAGAGCGCGUGCGCGAAGCCGCUAGGUUGUCGUAACAACCGCCCGUUUUCUCCAGCCAUCCCCGAACCUGCGCAGCCACGCCCACAUAACCCCCGAGGGUAGGAUUGGAUGUUAGAGAGCUCUCCCUCCCCUGGGGGCGGGGCCGAGUUAUUGCUUGGAGGUUGCUAUGGUGCCCAGCGAUGAGCACCAGGACCUGGCAGAUCGGGAAAAAUGGAGGGCUUCUACUUCACCCCAUUGCCGAUGGAAGUUACAUCAACAUUUAUCGAUCUCCCACAAAAUUAUCAGACUAUGUGUCAACUUUUCCAGAGGGAAGAAAAUCCUUUUCUACUAAAAACACUCCAACUCCAAGAAGCAUAUUAUGUUAAAAAUGAUAAAGGAUUAAGGGAUGAAAUCACAAUUAAAGUGGCUGGCAAUGACCACUUAAUAACGCCAGUGCAGAGACUUAAAGAUGAAGAUUUUGAAGUACUUCUCUAUACCAUAAAACCAUAUACAAAUAUUACAGGUUUGGAUGUUAGAUAUAACCUCAUAACUGAUUAUGGAGUGAUUCAUGUCGUAAAACUCCUUGAGGAAAUCCAAAAUAUCACUUAUCUAAAUCUUAUGUUUAAUGACAUUGAGACUAAGGGGGGAGAAAUGAUAGCAAAAGCACUCCACAGAAAUACAACUCUCAAAUACCUAAGAAUGACUGGGAACAAGAUUGGAAAUAAAGGUGGAAUGUUUUUUGCUACAAUGCUUCAAAUUAAUUCAUCAUUAGAGAAGUUAGAUUUGGGAGACUGUGAUCUGGAGAUACAGAGUUUGAUAGCAUUAGCAACUGUAUUAACUAAAAACAAGUCAAUGAAAGGGAUCAACCUAAACCGUCCUCUACUGAAGACUGAAGGGGAAGAGUCCACGGUCCAUAUAAGCAACAUGUUGCGAAUUAACUCAUCUCUUAUUGAAAUACACUUGUGUAAGCAUGAUAUGAAAAAUUUUGGUAUGGAGCAGUUGUGUAAAGCCCUCCUUCUAAACACUACUCUACGUUACCUAGAUGUCAGCUGCAACAGAAUAACACGUGAUGCAAUGAAAUAUUUGGGAGAGCUAUUAAAAAGAAAUAAUGUGUUGGAAGUAAUAGAUCUUUCUUCAAACAGAAUUGAAGAUGAAGGCUCCCUGUAUCUGACUGAAGCUCUGGCUUUUUAUAACACAAGUCUGAAAGCGUUAUCUAUAGUGAGCAAUAACAUAAGUGGAGAAGGACUUAUAGCUUUUUCAGAUGCACUGAAAACAAACACUACACUUUCUAAUCUUUAUAUCUGGGGAAAUAAAUUUGAUAGCCAAACAUGUGAGGCAUUUUCAAAUUUAAUAAAGUCGGGUCGUCUAAAGCUGGAAAAUAUAGAUGUGGAGCCAUACAUAGUUGAUAACCUUAUAUAUUUUGCUGAGCUCUCUCAUGGCAUUAAAAAACAUUAUUAUUGGACACCCAGUUAUGGAGAAAUUGAAGGUGCUUCAACUAAUGCAGGCUUUGCUAUUGUAACAACAACCCCGCAUCUGUGAAAACAAGUUUCUGAGACAAAGAACUGGAAAUUGAGGGAAUGCCCAUCAAUUGUGGAAUGGCUUAACAAAUUGUGGUAUGUGAUUAUGAUGGAAUAUUAUUAUUCUAUGAAAAGUGAUGAACCAGGAUGCUGUCGGAAAAACGUGGAAAGUCCUCCAUGAAUUCAAGCAAAGUGAAAUGUACUGUGUACAAAGAAACGACAAUGUUGUGGGAUGAUCAAUGGAAUGACUUUGCUAUUCUCAGCAAUACAAUGAUCCAUGACUAUUCUAAAGGACGUAUGAUGAAAAAUGCUAUCUAUAUUCACAGAAUGAACUGUUAGUGUCUGAAUACAGAUUGAAGCAUACUUUUUAAGAAUUUUAUUUUUCUUGAAGGUUUGGGUAUGUGUAUUUUCUUUUACAACAUGACUUAUACAGAAAUGUUUUGCAAAACUUCACAUGUGCCUUCUUAAUCGGGAAUAGGGGUGAGGAGAAAGGGAAAGAAUUUGGAACUCAGAUUUUUAAAAACAAAAUGUAAAAACUGUUCUACAUGUAACUGGAGAAAAUAAAAUAUUAAAUAUUGGGGAAAAAAA